UUAAGGUUUGGUGGUGAUGCUCAUACAACUGGAGGAGUUGAAAUCUCUGCUGAGGGAACGUACGAUCGGGAUACUGGUGUCUUGUGCAUGAUAGGAUGUUGGCCUUUAGGAUCAAACAGCGAAAAAUCAUCGAAAAAUCACUCAAUGGACUGCGAUAUUGUGAUCAAUGCUGAAUUUUCUCCUCUAGAUUCACAAAGCAGUGAUCGUGUCAGUGGAACAAUUGGAAGCACACGAGAAAAGUCGGAUCCUCUCUACUUUGAACGGAUUGAUUUUUGGUCAAAUUCGAUUUCCUCCCGUCAAGCUAAAGAAUCAAUUUGGAGAAUGGAUUUGGAGAUUACCAUGGUUCUGAUUUCCAAUACUCUUGCCUGUCUCUUUGUGGGCCUGCAGCUCUAUCAUAUGAAGAAGCAUCCGGACAUGCUUCCAUUUGUGUCCAUUGUUAUGCUUAUUGUUCUUACUCUGGGACACAUGAUUCCGUUACUCUUGAACUUCGAGGCAUUCUUCUCGACUAACCACAACCAGCAGUAUAUGUUUGUUGAGAAUGGUGGGUGGCUUGAAGCAAAUGAAAUAAUUGUAAGAAUGGUAACAAUGGUAGCUUUCCUGUUGGAGUUCCGUCUUCUUCAACUGUCAUGGACUGCAAGACUUGAUUCUGAAAGCCAAUCAGAGCUAUGGGUUUCAGACAGAAAGGUCUUGUACAUGUCUUUACCACUGUAUAUUGCCGGUGGAUUAAUUGCUUGGUUAGUGAACUUUGUGAAGAAUUCUCAAAGGAGCCCAUUCAUAGGAGCACAUCAUAGGGGUUUCAUACGACCCUACCAACGGCAUGUUCGCCAGCAGCAUUCUCUUUGGGGAGACCUCAAAUCUUAUGGAGGUUUAAUCCUUGACGGUUUUUUGCUGCCACAGGUACUGUUCAACGCAGUGUUUAACUCGAGAGAAAGGCCUCUGGCUGCGUCCUUUUAUCUUGGAACAACCAUAGUUCGUCUUCUCCCCCAUGCAUAUGAUCUUUACAGGGCCCACAGCUCUUCAUGGUAUCUUGAUUGGUCAUACAUUUACGCAAAUCAUAAAAUGGACUUCUAUUCCACAGCAUGGGACAUCAUCAUCCCCUGCGGAGGCAUGCUGUUUGCUAUCCUAAUUUUCUUGCAGCAGCGGUUUGGUGGUUGGAGCAUUCUACCGAGGAAGCUCAGAGAGAAUUAUGUGUAUGAGAAAGUGCCUACGGUUAGCAAUGUGGAAUUGCAAGGUGAAUCUGCUCAAAAAAAUUUUGAUAGCUUGUGAUAUACACGUGAAACCCAUUGGAAUUUGUACAUUCAUUUUUUAAUUUAUUUGAUACCAGCCGUAUAUCAAUGUCAUGUGAAUUUUGGGUGGGAAAGAACUGUUGUCUCACAUAACAAUGAAGAAAGAGAGCUUUUUUGUCCA